AUGAGGGAAAACAUGGCGCAAGAAUACAGCACCCUCGAGGUCUAUAGGCCCGAAGCAUCACCACUUCCGGAGGCUGUUCCUGGACAGUUCUACGACCCUAAAUUCGCAGAUGCAAAACAGCCACCGAGAUACUCUUCACUUCCCCAGGUCAUCGACAGCACCCCGCCGGAAGUGUACUAUACACAAGGAUCCACUCUUCCGCCGCCAGCUCCGAACGACCAGUCAGAACAAGACAGAACCGUGUGUGGUCUGAAACGGAAAACGUUCUGGAUCGUCUUCGCAGUUCUACUCGUAAUAAUAAUAGCAGCAGCCGUCGGCGGCGGCGUAGGCGGCGCACUGAGCAGCAAAAAGAAGUCCUCUCCGCCAUCAUCAACCAAUUCCACCACCACCACAAGCGACCCCAUCCUCCCAAACUCGCGCAUAGCCGCCAUCAACUACACGGACGCUUCCAACGUCGUGCACCACCGCGUCUACUUCCAGGGCGCAUCGCUCGCCCUCUACCAGUCCGACUUCAGCGCCGCGACCAACAACUGGACCGUCUCGCGCGUCAACGUCACCGGCAACGUGACGGCGCUGCAGGGCACCGCUCUCUCGGCAUACGCGUACUACCAUUCAGCCGCGGACGUCGACUUCCACCUCUACUUCAUGGACGCCAGCGAUGGCACCUCGGUCCGCGAGUUCUAUUCCACGCUGUCGAACAGCACGUGGGUCCUCGGCGACGGCGACGCCCGGCACGUCGCGCGGCAGAACUCGACGCUGGCCUCGUACGGCCGCGCAUGCUCCGUGUGCUCGAGCAGCAACUUCUACAUCUACGAGGGCCCGGACGGCGACGGCUCGGCGGACGCGGCCUUUCGCACCGGGGCCACGUCGUGGCCGAGCGCCGAGUUCCUGACCGGCGUGGUCGAAGGCAGCGCCGUUGCGACGGCGCCGGUGCCGCCGGUGGCGGGGAACGCGAACGCGCAGGUGGCGGUGUACUGGAACAAUGGGGAGCUGAGGGAGAUGUAUUACAACGGGAGUGCGUGGGUGUAUACGGGCGGGCCGAGCGGGACGGAGUUGGAUGCGGGCAGCGGGAUUGCGGCGUUGACACAGAAUGUCGAUGAUGUGUUGUUCGUGCAGGUGCUGACGACGUCGAAUGCGGUGACGAUGGAUAUGUGGAAUGGGAGUGCGGCGGAGUGGUCGUCGCGGAGUGCGGGGCUGGGGGCGUUUGACGAUGUGGUGGUGCGGUCGCCGAUUGCUGCGAAUCAGCUGGGGAUGAUUUAUAUGUGGAUGGAUGCUGGGAAUGGGUCAACGCUUGCGGAGUGGAAGAUGACGAAUGAUGGCACUGAUGUAUCUUUUGAGAAGGUAGGACCUGUUGGACUAGAGAUGUAA